UUCGUUUGUUAUUGUUGACACCGACUUGUCAGAUAGUUAGCUAGCUAGAUUAAUGCAAUACAGAUAGCUAAGAAGAAGCUAAGAGGUACAUUACGUUUUAUUGUAAAAUACCAUUACUGAGUAACAUAUGUGUAUUGUAUGUAAUUAUAGAGCGUUCAAUUUUAAUCUCAAAGUUCGAGGACCGUCGCAAAAAACGAUCCAGAACCAGAACGUCUCCCAGGCAACAACAGUUUUACGGCAUAUGGAAUAUGGCGGAAGGUGAAAAAUCAUUAGACGGACUGGAGCUCAGUAAGACAUGGCUGCAUGCUACAGACAGUGGGGCACAAUUGCUCCGCACUGUGGUGGAGCAGGUGCCACAGAUUUACUGCCUGGACGGGAAAGAGCCCAAUACCCAGGAUGAGGAGGAGGUGGUGCAGAGCCGUCUCCUCCAGCCUUUGGAGUUUCUCUUGUUUGGGGAGGACCCUCAGGCCGGCCUGGAGAAGCUCCAGCAGGGAAGUGCUUCCUCGCAGCUCUGUGGACGUGUUUUCAAGGAGGGGGAGACUGUCUACUCUUGCAGAGACUGUGCUAUAGAUCCCACGUGUGUACUGUGCAUGAACUGCUUCCAGGACAGUGUGCACAAGGUCCAUCGUUAUAAAAUGCACGCUUCGUCAGGCGGGGGAUUCUGUGACUGUGGGGAUCUGGAGGCCUGGAAGACUGGGCCCUGCUGCUCCAAACAUGACUCUGGGGCUGCCACUGCCAUGGAAACGGACGAGUGUUUGUUGGAGCCUGGCCUACGUGAGCGUGCCCAGAAGCUCUUCCAGGUUCUCCUGCGCUACACGACAGAUAUGUUGGUCUGGGAGGAGAGCUUCGAGCUAGCAGCCGAACUGCGGCCCAGGGUGAUGGAGGACACAUUCUACUGUGUGCUGUACAACGAUGAGCACCACUCGUAUGAUCAUGUGAUCUACACCCUGCAGCGCUCUGUUCAGUGUGACCACAGUGAAGCUCACACUCACACAGCCCUCAUUGACAAAGAGGGUCGUCGGGCAGUGAAGCGAGGGGAACUCCGCUCUUGCCAAGACGCCAGGGACCUCAUCAGGUCCCACUCAGAGCACAUCUCCUUGCAGCCUCUGCGUGUGGAGAUCCUCCACUCGGCAGUGAUGGCCCACCAGAGCUUCGCCAUGCGCCUGGGCACCUGGUUUCAGCAGAUCAUCGGCUACUCAGUGGGCUUCAGGCAGGUGUUCUGCCAGGUGGCUUUGGAGCCCAACUCGGAGCUGGACCAAACCAGCCUAAUCAGCCGCUUAAUGCUGCAUGAUGCGCGGCUGUACAAAGGAGCCCGUAAGAUUAUCCAUGAGUUGAUCUUCUGUAGCUUGCUGAUGGAGACCGAGUACAAGCGGCUCUUUGCUAUUGAGUUCACCAAGCAUUACAUGCAACUGCAGAAGGACUUCAUCCUUGAUGACCAUGAGAGGAGCAUCUCCAUCACAGCUUUAUCUGUGCAGAUCUUCACUGUACCCACUCUGGCCAGGCAGCUGAUUGAGGAAUGCAAUGUGAUCAAGGUGAUCGUGGACACAGUCAUGGAGCUGCUCUCUGAGCACCUGGACGCCAACCAUCGCUUCCACUUCCAGGGAUACAACUCGGACAAGUUCUUCCGGAUCCAGGUGAUCUUCAACGACCUCAGGUACAUUCUGAUCAGCAAGCCCUCUGUGUGGACCGAGGCUCUCAGGACCCAGUUCCUGGAGGGGUUCAGGGUCUUUCUGGAGCUGCUCAACUGCAUGCAGGGAAUGGAGGAGGUGAAGCGUCAGUUUGGUCAGCACAUCGAGGUGGAGCCUGAAUGGGAAGCUGGGUUUUCUAUUCAGAGACAGCUACGACACAUCCUUGUCAUGUUCCAGGACUGGUGUUCAUCUGAUGACACAGUUCUCCUCCUGUCGUUCAAGGAGUGCCACAGGGCCCUGAUGCGCUGCAACAACCAGCCUUUUCACAGCGAGGCCAUAGACUACUACAUGUGUAAACACAUCCUCCACGUACGCCCCUACAAGGUCUCCCAGGAGCCGGUCAGCAUACACCUGCCCAUCUCCAGGGCCCUGGCUGGCCUGUACGUCCAGCUGUGUAGCACAGGGGCCAUUGGACGUCUCCACGAGUAUCUGGAUCCAGAGAGCUGUGACUACACCCUGUGGGCGGAGCACCCUCUGCGCUGUGUGGUGCUGGCUGCCCAGGUCUCAGCGGAGAUGUGGCGCAGGAACGGCCUCUCGCUCGUCAGCCAGGUGUAUUAUUAUCAGGAUGUGAAAUGCAGGGAUGAGAUGUUUGACAAGGAUGUCAUCAUGUUACAGAUCGCUGCUUCCCAAAUGGACCCCAAUCACUUCAUCAUGCUGAUCCUGCUGCGAUUUGAACUCUUUGAUGUUUUUAAUGGAAAUCAUUCUAACAAAGACCAAGAACUGCUGAAACAGUGGAACCGGUUAACGGAAGAGAUGCUCUACCUCAUUAUCAUCGUUGUCGGGGAGCGGUAUGUCCCAGGGAUCAGUCAGGUGACCAAAGAGGACGUGAUGAUGAGAGAGGUGAUCCAUCUGCUCUGUAUCGAGCCCAUGGCUCACAGCAGCCUGGUCAAGGGCCUGCCAGAAAACGAGAGCCAUGAAACUGGCCUGGAAACGGUCAUCCCAAAAGUCGCCACUUUCAAGAAGCCUGGUGUUUCUGGCCACGGCUUGUACGAAGUUAAAAAGGAGUGCCUGUUGGAAUUCAAUCCCUUCUUCUUUCAUUAUUCUAAGUCCCAGCAUAGCAAGGCAGAAGAUGCUCAGAAGAAGAGAAGAACUCAGGAGGGCAGUGACAAAGCCCUGCGCCCCCCUGUCCCUCCCCCUUUCUGCCCUGCCUUCUCCACCAUCGUGCGCCUGCUCUGCUGUGACAUCCUGAUCCACGUCCUCCGACGGGUCCUGCAGAGGGCUGUGGAGGACCGGGCCACCUACUGGACCGAGGCCAUGAUCCAGAGGGCUUUGCACCUUAUAGGCCAGGGGCUGUCGGAGGAGAAGACCCAGCUGGGAGGCCACCCUGUGGAGGAGGUCACCUUUGACUUCAGCCUCAAGGCUCGCAAGAUUGGUUCAGAGCACGGGAAGUCUGUGUUCCACCUCCUAUCCAGGAUGAAGUCUCUUCCCUCCCUGGAAGCACAGAAGGACAUGAUCAAGUGGAUACUGCAGAUGUUUGAGGUUGUGAAGUGCCUGAGGGAGAAGUCCAGUCCAGCAGCCUGUAUGAGUGUGGAGCAGACCAAGCCAGAGGAGAUCGUCCCGGACAAAGACAAAGCUGAGCGGAAGAGAAAGGCGGACGCGGCCAAGCUCCAUCGGCAGAAGAUCAUGGCCCAGAUGUCGGCCAUGCAGAAGAACUUCAUCGAGUCGAACAAGAUGCUCUACGACAACAUGCCAGAGAGUUCCCAGUGGGAGCCUGUGUCCUCCACAGGGAGCUGUGCCAUGGAGCUGGGAGAGUUGUGUGUGGCAGUGGGGCCUCAGAGGGGCUCUACCCCAGCUGAGAGGGAGGUGCUGACCUGCAUUCUGUGUCAGGAGGUGCAGGAGGUCCAGGCCCACUCCCCAGCCAUGGUGCUGACCGCGUGUGUCCAGAGGUCCACAGUGCUCACACAGUGCCGGGGAAAGACCCUGGCCUGCAAAGAGACCUCAUACCCCCUCUUCAUGCCACCUGACCUGGCUGUGGGCACCCAUACAGGCAGCUGUGGCCAUGUCAUGCAUUCCACCUGCUGGCAAAAGUACUUUGAGGCGGUCCAGAAUGCCACUCGGAACCGCCUCCAUGCUGAGCACAUCAUCGACCUGGAGAAUGGGGAGUACAUGUGUCCACUCUGCAAGUCCCUGUGCAACACCGUGGUUCCUCUGAUCCCCUUGGAACCGCUCACACUCAACUAUGAGAAUGCAGAGCUGGUUGGACAGCACCUCACCCUCCCUCGCUGGAUCCAAAUCCUCUCUGCCAGGAUCAGAGGACUGAAGUCUGUCACUCAGGGAUCAGGAAACAGCAUUGAGCCCAGCUGGGACGGGGACACUGCCCUCUGUGGGGAAGGCCAGCCAGACUUUCGCUCCAUCCUCAGCUUUGGAGUGCAGGAGGCGAGGAAGUUCUCUGACAGCAUAACGGAGAUGCUGGUGGUAUGUGCCACCACGGUCCACAGGGUGGGUUUGCAGACGGCCCCCAACGAGCUGUGCCCCCGCGUGGCCAUCAUGUCCUGGAACACCUGUGCCUUCACCAUCCAGGCCAUCGAGAACAUGCUGCAAGAAGUGGAGAAGACACUGUUUGGCUCUUUGCAGAACAGACAGCUUGCUGGUCUGAAGGCUGUUGUUCAAUUUUCUGCAACCCAGCAUCUUAAGAGCUCCCAUGCUGUCAUUCAAAAGCACUUCACAGACAUGUUCGGAGCCCUGUUACCCGCCAUGAGUUCAGAGAACACGCCUUCUAUUGUAGAAAUAGACUUCUUCCAUCUACUGGUGGGGCUGGUGCUUGCCAUUCCAGCACUCUACCAGGAGGAGGCGGUGGACCUACGGCCCUCCGCUGUCAGCUCUGCCUACAACCACCUCCACAUCCUGCAGCUGGUCACAGUGGCUCACAUUGUGCAGGUGCUCCUCUGCUCCACAGAUUACCCAGCAGUGUCUGGGGGAGAGGACGGGGAGGAGGCCAAGGCAGCAGCAGAGCUCUACGCCACCGUGUCACAAUGUACCAGUGGGCUGAGGUCAGACGUGUCUGGGAGCUCAGUGGCAGAAAGAGUAAGGACAGGGAUCAGGCCCUUCCUCCGCUGUGCGGCCCUCUUCUUCUACUGCCUUACAGGAGUUCCCCCUCCCGAGGAGCUCUCCGUUACUACCGUUUCCUCUGAAGGCCAGAUGGAGGCGCUUUGUAGUUAUCUGGCCCUGCCCUCCAAUGUGUUUCAACUCUUCCAGUGUCACAGUGGGACUGUCUCUCCCUUAAUACGGAGAUGGUGUGGGCACCCCUCUAUAGCCAAAGCACUUAAAGGGGAAAUUCAGACAAUCAGUUAUCCCAGGAAAAGGAAUCGGUUGAUUGAUCUUCCUGAGGAUUAUAGUGCACUCCUCAAUCAAGCCAGUCACUUCCAGUGCCCUAACUCCAUGGACGACGAGAGGAAGCACCCCACCCUGUGUCUGUUCUGUGGGACCAUCCUGUGCUCCCAGAGCACCUGCUGUCAGAGUCAGCUGGACGGGGAGGACGUGGGCGCCUGUACCGCUCACGCUGCCACUUGCGGGGCCGGAGUGGGCAUGUUCCUCAGGAUAAGAGAGUGUGAGAUCGUCCUGAUGGCCAGUAAGACGAGGGGCUGCACAUUCCCAGCGCCUUACCUUGAUGACUACGGGGAGACGGACCCACAGCUGGGGAGGGGGAAUCCUCUACAUCUGUGUCCUGAGCGCUACCAGAAGCUCCACCAGCUGUGGCAGCAGCACUGUAUCCUGGAGGAGAUCGCCCGCAGCCUAGAAGUGGUCCAUGUCAUGUUUGCCUUCGAGUGGCAGAUGCUGUGAGACCAAGGCCAUUCCACGCUGGCUGCUGGGUAGGGCCAGGGUCUGAAUAUAACAGCCAGGGUGCACUCACGCAUGCGCUCGCUCGCACGCACGCGCACACACACACACACACACACACUGUGCGGGCCCCUGUGCAGCCAUUAAUUUCCAGGAUCUCAAAGGGAGUGCUGAUCGGACAGAAAGUGAUGAGGAGGUUCGGUCGGGAAUCGAUGCCGCCAUGUUUGAAUUUGUCGGCUGUGAGAAUAAUACUAACAUACUGCUAAUAUAAUGUACCCCUUCUCCAUAGAGAAGGUUAUUAACGCAAAACAAAUCUAUCAAACACACCCCAAUAUCUUAAUGCCAUCAAACCCCGCCCAACUAGCAACGAGUCCCUUUUGUUUUGCCACAUUAGGGGGUUAUAAAACAUGGGUUUAAACCAGUGUUGUAGUGUGAGAGUUGACUGUUUACGCUUGCAAAUGGUUUGGGGAUCAUGCUUCUUGUUUCUAUAUUGUUUGCUAUCACAGUAGUAUUGACUAUUCUAUUAUAUAAAAAGGAGAAGUAUGUAGAUAUACAAGCAAUUUAUAUCAUUCACAAUUUUACUAUACAAGCAUUGCUGCUUGUAAUGACAAUUUUGUGCAUAGUUGUUUAUUUUGGGUCUGAGAACAUACAUGUUAAAGCAAAUGUAUAUCAUAAAGCACUUUGGAAAUAAAUGACAAAAGUUUUCCAUGUAAUCUAUGUAAAAGAAAGCAAUGGUACCUGUAAAGGUGUCACUGAAAUUCCCUAUUUUGCCAGCCUGACUACAGGGAUUAGAUGCUUUCAGUAGGAACUUCUUUAAAUAAUUGUGUUUGGGAACAUACCCUUGAAACAAUUAUUGUUUUUGCUGUGAAAAUUAUGUUCACAUUGUAGCUAAUGGUGACAAACAGCUUAACCAGAAACACAUUUUAUUUACACAUAUCUAAUCUACCAAGUCAACAAGAGCAGAUCAUUGCAACAUUGUUGUAUUUAAAAUUGUUAUGUAAAUUGUAUGGAAUAGUAGCGAAAUUAAUAAGUAUAAUCAUUAUAAAAAUGUGUAUUUACAUAUUUGUACAUCAAACUUUUCAGGAAAAUGAAGUUGUUUGUGCAUAUACUGUAUGGUUUUAUUUUAGUAUUGUUUUUCCUUGUUUGCGUUGCUUGACAGUGCUGUAUGAUAUCCAGGCUGUCUGAAUAAAGAUACAAUUAUUAUCCAGA